AUGGGCUUCACCCUUCACUCUAUCUACUUCACCCUGAAGUUCAGUGUUCUGCUUGGCUCCCUCCUGGGGCUUUGCUUGGGCCUGGAGUUCAUGGGCCUUCCAAACCAGUGGGCCCGCUACCUCCGCUGGGAUGCCAGUACUCGAAGUGACCUGAGCUUCCAGUUCAAGACCAACGUCUCAGCCGGGCUACUUCUCUACUUGGAUGAUGGCGGUGUCUGUGACUUCCUCUGCCUCUCCCUGGUGGACGGUCGUGUCCAGCUCCGUUUUAGUGUGGACUGUGCUGAGACGGCCGUGCUGUCAGACAAGCAGGUCAAUGAUAGCAGCUGGCAUUUCCUGAUGGUGAGCCGCGACCGAAUGAGGACAGUGUUAGUGCUGGAUGGGGAAGCCAGGCCUGGGGAAGUCCAGCCUCAGCGACCCCAUAUGGACGUGGUCAGUGACUUGUUUGUUGGGGGGGUACCAGCUGAUAUACGGCCCUCUGCCCUGACUCUGGAUGGUGUGCAGGCCAUGCCUGCCUUCAAGGGAUUUAUCCUGGAUCUCAAAUAUGGCAACUCAGAACCUCGUCUUCUGGGGAGCCAGGGGGCCCAGCUAGAGGUCGAGGGUCCUUGUGGUGAAAGCCCUUGUGAGAAUGGAGGAGUCUGUUUCCUCCUGGAUGGCCACCCAACCUGUGACUGCUCUGCCACUGGCUAUGGCGGCAAGCUUUGUUCUGAAGAUGUCAGUCAAAGUCCAGGCCUUUCACAUCUCAUGAUGAGCGAACAAGCACGAGAUGAAAAUGUGGCCACCUUCCGGGGCUCGGAGUACCUGUGCUACGACCUGUCUCAGAACCCAAUCCAGAGCAGCAGCGACGAGAUCACCCUUUCCUUUAAGACAUGGCAGCGUAAUGGGCUCAUCCUGCACACGGGCAAAUCGGCUGAUUACGUCAACUUGGCGCUGAAAGAUGGUGCGGUCUCCUUAGUCAUUAACCUCGGGUCAGGGGCCUUUGAGGCCAUUGUGGAACCCGUCAAUGGCAAGUUCAAUGACAACGCCUGGCAUGAUGUCAAAGUGACCCGCAACCUUCGGCAGGUGACAAUCUCAGUGGACGGGAUCCUCACUACAACAGGAUACACACAGGAGGACUACACCAUGCUGGGCUCAGAUGACUUCUUUUAUGUGGGAGGGAGCCCUAGUACUGCCGACCUACCAGGCUCACCUGUCAGCAACAACUUCAUGGGCUGCCUCAAAGAGGUUGUUUAUAAGAAUAAUGAUAUCCGUCUGGAGCUGUCUCGCUUGGCCAGGAUUGGUGACACCAAGAUGAAAAUCUAUGGCGAAGUGGUGUUCAAAUGUGAAAAUGUGGCCACACUGGACCCCAUCAACUUUGAGACCCCUGAGGCUUACAUCAGCCUUCCCAAGUGGAACACCAAGAGGAUGGGCUCAAUCUCUUUUGACUUCCGUACGACAGAACCCAACGGCCUCAUCCUUUUCACUCAUGGCAAGCCCCAGGAGAGAAAGGAUUCCCGGAGUCAAAAGAACACCAAAGUGGACUUUUUUGCUGUUGAACUGCUAGAUGGGAACCUCUACUUGCUCCUUGAUAUGGGUUCUGGUACCAUAAAAGUGAAAGCCACCCAGAAGAAAGCAAAUGAUGGAGAAUGGUACCAUGUGGACAUUCAACGAGAUGGCAGAUCAGGUACCAUAUCAGUAAACAGCAGGCGCACCCCAUUCACAGCCAGUGGAGAGAGUGAGAUCUUGGAUUUGGAGGGGGAUAUGUACCUGGGUGGGCUGCCAGAGAAUCGUGCUGGACUCAUCCUCCCUACAGAGCUUUGGACUGCCAUGCUAAAUUAUGGCUAUGUGGGCUGCAUUCGAGACCUGUUCAUCGACGGACGGAGCAAGAACAUCCGGCAGCUGGCGGAGGUGCAGAAUGCCGCAGGGGUCAAGUCUUCUUGCUCGAGGCUUAGCACAAAACAGUGUGACAGCUACCCCUGCAAAAACAAUGCUGUUUGCAAAGAUGGUUGGAACCGCUUCAUCUGUGACUGCACUGGCACCGGCUACUGGGGGAGAACAUGUGAGAGGGAGGCUUCCAUCCUGAGCUAUGAUGGCAGCAUGUACAUGAAGAUUAUCAUGCCUAUGGUCAUGCACACGGAGGCUGAAGAUGUGUCUUUCCGUUUCAUGUCCCAGCGUGCUUAUGGCUUGCUGGUUGCCACCACUUCCAGGGAUUCGGCUGACACUCUACGCCUGGAGUUAGAUGGGGGUCGAGUCAAGCUCAUGGUUAACUUAGACUGUAUCAGGAUAAACUGUAACUCCAGCAAAGGACCCGAAACCCUUUAUGCUGGACAGAAACUCAACGACAAUGAAUGGCAUACCGUACGGGUGGUUAGAAGAGGAAAAAGCCUUAAACUUACCGUGGAUGAUGAUGUGGCUGAGGGUACAAUGGUGGGUGACCAUACCCGUUUAGAGUUCCAUAAUAUUGAAACAGGAAUCAUGACAGAGAAGCGCUACAUCUCAGUUAUUCCUUCCAGUUUCAUUGGCCACCUACAGAGCCUCAUGUUUAAUGGACUCCUCUACAUUGACUUGUGCAAGAAUGGUGACAUUGACUACUGUGAGCUAAAGGCCCGUUUUGGCUUGAGAAAUAUCAUCGCUGAUCCUGUCACUUUCAAGACCAAGAGCAGCUACCUGAGCCUGGCUACUCUCCAGGCCUAUACCUCCAUGCACCUCUUCUUCCAGUUUAAGACCACCUCAGCUGAUGGCUUCAUCCUCUUCAACAGUGGGGAUGGCAAUGAUUUUAUUGCAGUUGAACUAGUGAAAGGGUAUAUACACUAUGUCUUUGACCUUGGAAACGGUCCCAAUGUUAUCAAGGGCAACAGUGACCGACCACUGAAUGAUAACCAAUGGCAUAAUGUUGUCAUUACUCGGGACAACAGUAAUACUCACAGCCUAAAGGUGGACACCAAGGUGGUCACUCAGGUUAUCAAUGGUGCCAAGAAUCUGGAUCUGAAAGGUGACCUUUACAUGGCUGGUCUUGCCCAAGGCAUGUAUAGCAACCUCCCGAAGCUUGUGGCCUCACGGGAUGGUUUUCAAGGCUGCCUAGCAUCUGUGGACUUGAAUGGACGCCUGCCAGAUCUGAUCAAUGAUGCUCUUCAUAGGAGUGGCCAGAUCGAGCGUGGAUGUGAAGGACCAAGCACCACCUGCCAGGAAGAUUCUUGUGCCAACCAAGGUGUCUGCAUGCAACAAUGGGAAGGUUUCACCUGUGACUGUUCCAUGACUUCCUACUCUGGGAAUCAAUGCAAUGACCCCGGUGCUACAUAUAUCUUUGGGAAAAGUGGAGGACUCAUACUCUACACCUGGCCCGCGAAUGACAGACCCAGCACACGCUCAGACCGCCUCGCCGUGGGCUUCAGCACGACCGUGAAAGAUGGCAUCCUGGUUCGAAUUGACAGUGCUCCAGGGCUUGGCGAUUUCCUCCAGCUUCACAUAGAACAGGGCAAGAUAGGAGUGGUCUUCAACAUUGGUACAGUGGACAUCUCCAUCAAAGAGGAAAGUACCCCAGUAAAUGAUGGCAAAUACCAUGUCGUGCGUUUCACCAGGAAUGGUGGCAAUGCCACACUUCAGGUUGACAACUGGCCAGUGAAUGAACAUUAUCCCUCAGGCAACACUGAUAAUGAACGCUUCCAAAUGGUAAAACAGAAAAUCCCCUUCAAAUAUAACCGGCCUGUAGAAGAGUGGCUGCAGGAAAAAGGCCGGCAGCUAACCAUCUUCAACACUCAGGCGCAAAUAGCCAUUGGAGGAAAAGACAAAGGACGUCUCUUCCAAGGUCAGCUCUCUGGGCUCUAUUAUGAUGGCUUGAAAGUUCUGAACAUGGCAGCUGAGAACAACCCUAAUAUUAAAAUCAAUGGUAGCGUCAGGCUCGUGGGAGAAGUACCAUCUCUUUUGGGGACAACGCCUACUACUUCUAUGCCACCAGAAAUGUCUACAACUGUCAUGGAAACCACCACUACAAUGGCGACCACCACUACCCGAAAGAAUCGUUCCACAGCCAGCAUUCAGCCCACAUCAGAUGACCUAGUUUCAUCUGCUGAAUGUUCCAGCGAUGAUGAAGACUUUGUUGAAUGUGAACCUAGUACAGAUAAGAGUCUUUCCACUUCAGUCUUCGAAGGUGGCUACAAAGCACAUGCGCCCAAGUGGGAAUCCAAGAACUUUAGACCUAACAAAGUCUCCGAAACUGGUAGGACUACUACUACCACAUCUUUGUCCCCUGAGCUGAUCCGCUCCACAGCUUCCUCCUCGUCUGGGAUGGUGCCCAAAUUGCCAGCUGGCAAAAUGAAUAACCGUGAGCUCAAACCCCAGCCUGAUAUAGUGUUGCUUCCGUUGCCCACUGCCUAUGAGCUAGACAGCACAAAGCUGAAGAGCCCACUAAUUACUUCCCCCAUGUUCCGUAAUGUGCCCACAGCAAACCCCACAGAGCCAGGAAUCAGACGGGUUCCGGGGGCCUCAGAGGUGAUCCGGGAGUCGAGCAGUACAACAGGGAUGGUCGUCGGCAUUGUGGCUGCUGCCGCCCUCUGCAUCUUGAUUCUCCUGUAUGCCAUGUACAAGUACAGGAACAGGGACGAGGGGUCCUAUCAGGUGGACGAGACGCGGAACUACAUCAGCAACUCUGCCCAGAGCAACGGCAUGCUCGUCAAGGAGAAGCAGCAGAGCUCCAAGAGUGGCCAUAAGAAACAGAAAAACAAGGACAAAGAGUAUUAUGUGUAA